GGCUGAGGUGGACGUGCCCCAGCUGAUAUUCAGCACUCUACCCCCACCUCCACCCUCAGCUUCGGAAGUUCUGCACGGGCAGUUUACUUUUUCCAGCCCAGGUUGAGGACAUAUUUUCCGCUCUGGUUUUUGGUCUCUUCGGUGAUGCCUCCGGACUGCAGCCGCUCCGGGAUGCACCAAGCCCCGAGAGGUGCCCCUCUUUUACGUGACCAAAGAUUGUUUGCGCGCAAAGUUGAAGGAAAACUCAUUUCUUUUGGGGCAAGUUACGAUAUUCUCUUGUUUUGAGUGAUUAUCAAAAACCAGAGAUGGAUCGAUCAUUUUGGAAAACGCAUCAGUUUGAUCUUACGGGUUAGCUAGAACCACAAGAUGUUGCUUCCAUUUUCGAGGUUACUGUGUUUGUGGCUCUGCAGCGAAGCAGUCGCGAGUCAGGUCCACUGGCAGAAAACAAAGACGACUUUCAGUCCUCAUUAUGAAUCCACCGCCGCUGAAAGGAAUGCGCUGGGCCGGAGAUGGCGCACAGUCAUCGGGGCGGACAAUUGGGGGGCGCGCGGUGCGAGUGCGCAGGCCUCGUGGCUGGAUACUGUAAACCCGUCAUCUACUGAGCUGCUGAGGACGCAGACAACCCCACCUGCGCGUAAACACGAGAAGCAAAAUGGAGCGCUCCUCAUACCCGGAGACGACGCUUUACGCACGGAUGUAAACGAGGCUGAUGAGUCGCGGAGUGGUGGAUGCAGGCCGGGAGAAGUGCUUAAACAAACUCCGCAUGGACGCACCUGUAGCCUCGAGAGGACCGGACAUAACCGGCGGCAGAGACGGAGCGCAAAACUGAGCAGAACGAAUCGGAGCGAGCCGCUGCAGGAGGCUUUGGAAGCUCUACCCGUGGCCAUGGCGCAGGAACAAGAGGCCCGACCCCCGUUCGGACUCAACACCACUGACUAUGAGGAGGAGUACUCUCUGCCGGACUAUCCCGACCCCACGCCGUUUGUGCCGGUGAACACGCGGACCAGACGGAAGCAAAUGAAGAACCCGUUCUACCCGGUCACCGGAGAGUCGUACGGAGCGUACGCGGUCAUGAUCACCGCAGCUGUCAUCUUCAGUGUGGGGAUCAUCGGGAACGUGUCGGUCAUGUGCAUCGUGUGCCACAACUACUACAUGAGGAGCAUCUCCAACUCACUGCUGGCCAACCUCGCGCUCUGGGAUUUCGUUAUCAUCUUCUUCUGCCUGCCGCUCGUGGUGUUCCACGAGCUCACCAAGAACUGGCUGCUGGGGGAGUUCUCGUGCAGGAUCAUCCCCUACUUGGAGGUGGCUUCUCUCGGGGUCACAACCUUCACACUGUGCGCUCUGUGCAUCGACCGUUUCCGUGCUGCCACCAACGUGCAGAUGUACUAUGAGAUGAUCGAGAACUGGGCCUCCACCACGGCCAAGCUCGCCGUCAUCUGGGUGGGCGCUCUUCUGCUGGCGCUGCCCGAGCUGCUGAUCCGACAGCUGGUCACUGAGGACGGCGAUCCGCCUGACGUGACGCCGUGCGAGCGCUGCGUGGUUCGGAUCUCCACCGACCUCCCGGACACGCUGUACGUCCUUGGACUCACCUACGAUGGCGCGCGCCUCUGGUGGUAUUUCGGCUGCUACUUCUGCCUGCCAACGCUGUUCACCAUUUUCAGCUCACUGGUCACCGCCCGCAAGAUCCGCCAUGCCGAGCGGGCCUGCGUCCGUGGCAGCAAGAAGCAAAUCCAGUUGGAGAGCCAAAUGAACUGCGCCGUGGUGGCGUUGGCCAUCCUCUACGGUUUCUGCAUCAUUCCAGAGAACAUCUGCAACAUCAUCAGCGUCUACAUGGCCGCCAGCAUGCCCAAGAGAACCUUGGACAUCCUGCACCUGGUCAGCCAGCUGCUGCUCUUCUGUAAGUCUGCGGUGACGCCGGUGCUGCUGUUCUGCCUGUGCCAGCCGUUCACCAAAGCCUUCUUGGACUGUUGCUGCUGCUGCUGCGAAGAGUGCGGCCCACCCCGCUCCCCCGUCACUGCUACCAGCGACGUCGACAACGACUGCACCACCGAUCUGGAGCUGUCGCCGUUCAGCACCAUCCACAGGGAGGCGUCCACCUCUGCCACCUACACCGCUGUGGGGACACACUGCUAAGGUCAAAGUUCAACAGCGUUAUGGUGCAGGCCCACUGCGCGCAAACUGACUGCAAAGUAAAGAGAAGCGACUAAUUCGCUGCACAAAGCAUGCUGGGAUACUUGCCGAUGUGGCCAAGCUGGUGGUGUAUGGAAAGCAUAGACGGCGGACGCGACAAACUGGUCGCGUGCAGUGGGCCUGCACUUUUAGGCGGCUCUUCUUCUGGGUCGUUUGUCUGAUGUGAUUAGGAAUUUGAUUGGUGGACGCGUUGGCAUAUCAGGCUGUAAAUUCCUGAGUGGAAUCGACCCCAAACUGUUGAACACGUUCGUGUUCACGUUCAGCAUUCACUGUUUACAGAAUUUAUAUUUGAAAAAACACACAGUCAGUAUUAGUUAAUGGCAUUUAUUUGUUCUUUUUAAUUAACUCACAGUAUUUUUGUUCAUUGUCACUGUAUUUUACAGAAGCUGACAGCAGACUUGGAACCUUUUCUGCUUCUUUUCUUGAGAUCACAACGUAGACUUAACGUGGUUUGACAUGUUGUGUCACGUGAUAAUUAAAUUGGGUAAUGCUUUGUUUUACGUGUCUGUAAUUUCCCUGGAACAAAUGUGAUUAUUUUUAGUUAGAGUUUAGUUAGUUGUGUUGAAUUUAUAAGCUGAUGUUAACUUUCCUGUAAAGAACAGAUCCAUUUAAACUUAAAAUUUUAAAAUUAAAAUUCAGUUCAAAGUAUUGUUAAUUUUUUUAUGUACGAAUUGUAUUCUUCUCUAAAUAGUGCCAAAUUACAUUGUUCUUUCCAAGGAUUGUUCAAGAAAACUAUUCGUAAAUUACGGAUCCCUUAAAUAAAGCGUUACCCUAAAUUGUUGUAUUGUGAUAACGGGCAUAAAAAAAGUCAUCAACCAUGACCGCUACCAGCACCCGUAGUGCUUUGUUCUUUUGAAUGUUCUUGGUUGUUUUCUUUUCCUUCUUUGUGAGAGUGAGUCAGUGGGACGUACAGUAAUAUAUUGAAAAUGGCUGUCGAUGCUGUGUUGUGUUUGCUGAUGAUGUUCUUGUGAAUCAGUUCUGGCUCUGUGAGUGUGUAAUUUGCUUUUCACUGUGUGUUUAGUAGCAGAAAACUGCACUCUGCUCAGUAUGUAAUGUGACAUUGAUUUUUUUUUUUAGCCACAAGAGAAGUGUCACUUUAAUUAAAAAAAUAUU